UCUUAUUGGGGAUAUCAUUAUGUGAAACAAAUGGUUAAUUAUCGAUGUCUGCGCCCAACAAAGGAAAUAAAUAUGUGUACAUCAAAACAGAAGUAUUGGCUGUGUUAGUGAGCCCCUUUUGGAGCGAAAAAUAAAAUGCGAGCGCUGAAACUAACAAAUCAGGCGAAGCUCUUAAACACGUACGUAUAUUAAGCGCUAUGUGCAACGGAAAAGCUAGACGGGACACAUCAAUCCAGAAUUGCGAAAAAAGUACAGAGCGGACCGACAAUUCAGUCAGUUAGAACUCAGCAGAGCAGUGCAACAGUACGGUGAACAUCUCGGCAAGAGUAGAACAAUUUCUAAAAAAAAAUAUCUAAAGGAAAUUACUACACUUAAAUUUUAAACGUGCUUACUUUUUUUUACAUUUUUGCAAACAAAUCUGCGUGAUAAACCGAUUUUUAACAUAUAGUACAUUUCAUUAAAUAAUGAAAGUGAAUAAGCAUCAUAAGUGAAGUUUUGACAUACACACCCUCCAUUUAUGUAGGGGUGCUUUGGAAUAGAAAGGAUACUGGCCUAUCGAAGGUGAAGAGGCAGAAACGCAACGUCAUCACCCUUUUGACACCGAAUACGACAUUUUCGGCUGCAUUGUGUUUAUAACCGCCAGACUAUAUAUGCGCUUAUUUUAUAUUGUUAUUUAGUACAAAGAUUUACUGCGACAAGGUGACAAAAAGGAGUUCAAUAUCGGGCUUUGCAACCACAGAUUAGAUUACAAAUGGCAAUAGGAAAUAUUGCCAACAUUAAAUAAAACGGAACUUUAAAAUAUACUAGACUGUAAGGACAAAGCGUGUUAAGAACGAAAUUAAAAACGCAGAGCGGAGAUUUACGAAUACAUAUGUAUAUGCGUUCACCAUUGAAUGUUAUUAUGCUGCAAAGGACACGUAGGCACAACUGAAGGUAGAGCAAGCAAAAAUGCCUACCCAACUUCAUCAUUAGUAUACCGCGAUAUGCAGAGGUGAAAAGGACAUAUGCCAGAAAUUAUACUACAUAUAUCAACGCUCAUAAUACACACAGUGGUUGAGCGACUAAAAAAAACAAUAAUAUUAAACUUCAGACUUUCUAAUUAUUUAUUAAAAAUUUAAUUUACGUCAGCAAAGUGUUCUGAAGAUCAUCCCACACAUAAUAUACAUACAGUUUUAAUAAAACUAAUAAAGUUUGAGUGUUGCGCGUGAGAAUUCUGAGCUAAAGAAAAAACUGUUUAUUUAAAAAUAUAUAAAACAAAUAAGCGUAACAAAUAACUGGCAUUCAGAAGACUACUAUAGGUGCAGCAAAUAAUACGAAUGUUAGCUUAUUUUCCCUAUAAGAAAAAUAUGUAUUUAUUAUAGUUUGAAACCAAAGUUAACAGUCUCAUCGAAAAUCGUGCACAAAUUCUCGCAUAGAGUUAAAAAAGGAGCUACAAGUAAAACGAUUCCUUACAACAUCCACUAAAGAGAAGACAGCAACAACAUUUCAAGAUGCGGUUAUUUCCGGUGCGUUUAUCGAACAUUACAAAAAUGCUCGAUAUAUACUCGCAGUUCAAUCCAUCACCUUUGUCUAUAAAACAAUUUAUGGACUUCGGUCAAAAUGCAUGCGAGAAGAAAUCCUAUAUAUUCCUGCGUAAAGAGCUGCCCGUGCGUCUGGCGAAUAUCAUGAAGGAGAUCGCGUUGCUGCCGGAUCAUUUGCUUAACACCCAAUCAGUGAGCCAGGUGAGCUCAUGGUACGUGCAAAGCUUCGAGGAGGUGCUGGAGUUUGAAAAGGCAGAACCGACGCAUAGUAACUUGGAGAAGUUUUGCAACACUUUGGUGCACAUACGCAAUAGGCACAGUGAUGUGGUGCAAACAAUGGCUCAAGGCGUCAUCGAAAUGAAGGAGCAUCAGGGCGGCCCCGUUGAUUGCGGCAUGGAAUCGUCGAUACAAUACUUUCUUGAUCGUUUAUACAUGUCACGCAUUAGCAUACGAAUGCUAAUCAAUCAGCACACUAUACUAUUUGGCCAGUUCCCCAACGAGCAGGGUCGUCAUAUUGGCUGCUUGGAUCCGGCCUGUCAGAUCUCAUCGGUGGUAAGAGAUGCUUAUGAAAACGCACGCUUUCUCUGCGAUCAAUACUAUCUGAUCAGUCCGGAACUGGAAAUCACUGAGCAUAAUCCACACGACAAAGCAAAUAAUCCCAUACGCACUGUUUAUGUGCCCUCGCAUUUAUACCACAUGCUUUUCGAGCUGUUUAAGAAUUCCAUGCGUGCUGUUGUGGAAAAUAACGAUCAAGAUAAAUGUGAAAAGCUGCCACCCAUUAAGGUGCUCAUAGCGGAGGGCAAAGAGGAUAUAUGUGUGAAGAUCUCAGACCAAGGUGGCGGCAUUCCACGUUCACAAACCGAUCAGUUGUUCAAAUACAUGUACAGCACUGCGCCACAGCCAUCAAAAUCCGACCUACAUACAGUGCCAUUAGCAGGAUAUGGCUAUGGCCUGCCCAUUUCGCGCUUAUAUGCACGAUAUUUCCAUGGUGAUAUUGUGUUGUUGUCAUGCGAAGGAUAUGGCACCGAUGCGAUUAUUUAUAUGAAGGCACUAUCAGACGAGGCUAACGAGCUCCUGCCCAUUUUCAACAAGACGAGCUCGAAAUUUUAUCGUGCCACCGUGCCCACUGGCGAUUGGUCUAACCAGAGCUCUGACAUGAAUGCAAGGCAAUUGAAUGCCUCGGCACCGAAGCGCUACAAUGACAUGUUAUAGACCGAACCUACGCGGGACUCGGCAGUUGAGCAAAGAAAGCUAAGGGUAGCAGUUGCAGAACCAGCAAAUCUCUUGAUAUCACAAGCUCAGGAUCAUUUGUUGAACGAUAAGGAAUGAAGAGCAAUGGAA